UAGAAUGAUGCACGCGUAUUUUUCUUGACUAUGCCGUCACGCCGAAUUUCCUCGGGUAGAACCCAUGAUUGGCGUGAUUUUAAUUGGCGAUCUUAACCUCACAUCUUAAUCGCUCACUCGAUCAUAUCAUAACUCACUCGAUUACACGCUCUCUUUCUCUGUCUCAAGCAUCGAGAAAAAGAAGAAAAAAGUGUGUAUGUUAUGUAUGUGUACGCCCGCGCGCGCGCGCGCGCGUGCAGUUCAUGUCAGUUUAACGACGUCGAAAAAAAAAGUCCAGUUACGUUGUUCUCGCGGCUACCUUCUGCUUCGAAAUCCCAAGGUCCGUUUUCACAAUAUUAUCUAAAGAUUAAAGAUUACCAAGAGAUUCGUCAAUGAAAUUCAUUCAUGAAUUUGUCGGUAACCUUUAAUCUUUAGGUAACCAUAGAUUGUGAAGACAGGGCUGAGUCGUCUGAUAACGAACGUCCUCGCCGCGUGUGAAGAGAGGGAUGCCACGUAGCAAGCGAAGAGGACCUUCCAGCACAAAUCACAAUCAUACUCCUAUUGAUAUGUCAGUAUCUGGUGCACAUGAAGAGAGUUUACCUAGGCAUCCUUCAAAACGGUUAAGGCAUACCUCUAGUGCGAGACGAUACACAAAAUCUGAUGAUGUAUCCAAUGCAUCAAUGUUCUCCCAAAAACGUUGUAUCACCUGGUUUAGAGAAUAUACCUCGCCAGAUGAUACAGACACUCUCGGACCCGAGGGGAUGGAAAAGUUUUGUGAAGAUAUUGGUGUAGAACCUGAAAAUGUAGUAAUGCUCGUUCUUGCAUAUAGAAUGAAUGCUCGCCAAAUGGGCUUCUUCACAUUGAGUGAAUGGCUUAAAGGUUUCUCGGAGCUUCAAUGCGACUCGAUUAGUAAAAUACAACAGAAACUCGAGUACCUAAGGAAUCAACUAAACGACCCAUACACAUUUAAGGGAAUUUAUAGAUAUGCUUACGAUUUCGCUAGAGACAAAGAUCAACGUAGCAUGGACAUGGACACAGCAAGAGUAAUGUUACAAUUGCUUUUGGGAAAACAUUGGCCACUGUUUACACAGUUUGCUCAGUUCCUAGAUCAAUCAAAGUACAAAGUGAUUAAUAAAGAUCAAUGGUGCAACAUAUUAGAAUUUUCACGUACAAUCAAUCAUGACUUAUCUAAUUAUGAUUUAGAUGGAGCGUGGCCAGUAAUGCUUGAUGAAUUUGUUGAAUGGUUAAAAAUUCAACGAGACGAAGGAUCAUCUUCAACAGAAGCUAGAGGCAGCUGAAACAUCAUAAGAAUAGUCCGUUGAACUAAAAACAAUUCGUUUCUUUUAUCAUAUAAUAUUCUGUAAUUAACGACAAAUUUCUGUUUAUAAAUAUCAUAAUCUCGCAAUAUUUCCAUUACCAUCUCAUACUAUUUUUUUUAUUACGAUUAAAUGGUAGUAAUGUAUUGUAAGUAGCUUAUCUUGAUUUAUUACUAUGAUUUAGAAUAUCUUCUAUACAAAUUUGGCUGAAAAUUUUUAUUUAAUCUGUUUUCUUAUCGCCUCUUGCAAUUAACCCAGGGUUUGUCGCAGAAACUCUUGUGAUUAGAAAUAAAACUAUUUUGAUAUAAGAUUUACUUGUGCAAUUUACAAAAAUAAUUUGAUAUAAAAAUAAAUGAGUUGAACUGGUAAUAUAGCAUUUUCCAAAUUGAAUAAUAUUUCAGAUAAUAAUUGCCGUUGACUUCCAAUGAUUGUAAACUAUACAUUUU